CCUUUUAUUUUUCGUGCAUCACUGUAAUUUAUUUCAUUUGAUUUUCUUUUUCUAGACGGAUAUGGCUAAGUUAGCUGCCAAAUUAUGCUUUGAACUUUUUAAACCAUAAUUUUAACUGAAAAAUUGUGAUAAAGGUAAACUAAAACUGGUUGAAAUUAGAAUGUAGGCUGAGAAAUUGAUAAAUAUUAAGGCUGUUUAACUAUGGUUUGUUUGACAGCAAUCUGAUUCACCCCCACAGGAACUCUCCUUAUCCAGUUAUAAAAAAUUUAAAUAUAUUAAGGCUGUUUUUUUCCCUUCCUUUAAGGUAUUCAUUGUUCCAUCUUUAGAAAAACAAUAUAAAUUCUGCAGGUAGUGUUGAUUUUGUUGAUCAACUCAUACUAUAGUCUGUUUACAUCUGUACCGUAAUAUGUGGGCUUGUUGGAGCUGCUGUAGGACUCGACUUCUAAGCAGCUUCUACUUCUAUUUCGCACCUACUACGCUUACUAUCAGUCGUAAAAGCCAGGCUGCGUCUCCUUUUUCCCGGUUUAAAGACGGGGCAAAGAACAUGAGCAGCAGCUCGUCGUUUCCUCACUCUAAAAGUAAUAGAAGUGUGGAUAUGAGAACUGAUGGGGAGCGAUCAAAGGGGCGUGGUGGAGGAAGAGGCGGCGGCAGCAAGGAUAAAAUUGAUGCUCUUGGGAGGCUCUUGACUCGCAUUCUGCGUCAUAUGGCUUCGGAGUUAAAUUUGAAUAUGAGAAGUGAUGGGUAUGUCAAAGUUCAAGAUUUACUGAAGUUGAAUAUGAAGACAUUUGCCAAUAUUCCAUUAAAAUCACACACAGUUGAUGAUAUUAAGGAGGCUGUUAGAAGGGAUAAUAAGCAGCGAUUCGGCCUCCUGGAUGAAAAUGGAGAGCUUUUGAUACGUGCAAACCAAGGUCACACAAUAAAGACAGUUGAAUCCGAGGGUUUACUGAAACCAAUUGUUUUGGCUGAUGAAGUUUUAGUCUGUGUACAUGGAACCUAUAAGAAGAAUUUGGAAUCCAUAUUGGAAUUUGGCUUAAAGCGCAUGCAAAGAUUGCAUGUUCACUUCGCAGGUGGAUUGCCAUCUGAUGGUGAAGUAAUUAGCGGUAUGAGGCGGGAUGUUAAUGUUUUAAUAUAUCUCGAUGUGAAAAAGGCUCUCGAAGAUGGAAUGAAGCUUUACAUAUCAGAUAAUAGAGUGAUAUUGACAGAAGGUUUUGAUGGUGUUGUGCCCAUAAAAUAUAUUGAAAAGAUCGAAUCAUGGCCGGAUAGGCGACCGAUACCGUUUCAAAGAUAAUAGGCUUAUGAUGUAUUUUUUAAGAACUUCUUUAUUUCUUUCAUCCUUCGUACAGUCUGUUUUGAGGGAAAUGAAGGAAAUUUUGAAGCAUGUGUUUCAUGUUUUAAGUUAUUUUUAGCAAACUCCUAACCCAGAAAUAGUGGGAUAUAGUCUUAACUUAUUAGAAA